ACAAAAUGGAAACCUCCACUGAAAGUCGUGUUUGUUUACGAUGUUUUUUAACUGGAAUGUGCAUUCUUGUUAUUCCGUUACUGAUAGAAAUCAGUUUUGCUCUUAUAAUUGUGUUCACUAUUGCACUUAAUCUGUAUUUAUAUUUUUCGUACAAAUAUGACUACGAACUAUAUCAGAUAGCAGUCCGAGCAGGAUGUUUGGGUUUGGCCACCGCCGUAGGACUUCUCAUUAGUUUUUCUGAUAAAUCGUGGCUUCAUUUCGGCUGGUAUCUGACAGCGUUGGCCUUCUUCCACUGGUCAGAAUACUACACGACAGCGGUAACAAAUCCAAAAAGCCUGACGCUUUCGUCUUAUCUGCUCGAUCACAGUUUGGCCUAUCAGCUGGCUGCUGUCUCAAGCUGGUUUGAGUUUUUCGUCGAAUGGUAUUUCUUUCCAGGUUUAAAACAGUUACGAUGGGUCAGUUGUUUCGGCCUUGUUUUGGUGAUCGGUGGCGAGAUACUGCGCAAGUGUAGCAUGGUGACGGCGAGCACGAACUUCAAUCAUUACAUUCAGCACAUUAAAAAACCCGACCACAUGCUCGUCACGUCCGGCGUGUAUUCAUUCUCAAGGCAUCCCUCAUACGUCGGCUGGUUCUACUGGAGUGUUGGAACACAGAUCAUUCUGUGUAAUCCAAUUUGUCUGGUGGCUUACACAGUUGUUUCUUGGAGAUUUUUUAAUGAACGAAUCUUUGAGGAAGAAAUUACAUUGCUGAACUUCUUUGGAAAAGAAUAUGUUAGCUACCAGAGGAAAGUGGGAACUGGCCUUCCUUUUAUUAAUGGCUAUAUGGUUUAUGCACAACAUCAAUCCUAGCAUUACUAAGACAUUUAAAAAACUCUGCUCUAAAUAUAUACAUAACAUUUAUUUCCAGUAUUUUCAAGGAAUUUAUGAAGAGUUUUAGCACAAAAUGCGAUAAAUGCCACUAUACACACCCAAUCCUAAAAACGUUUUAUUCCAAACCACCAUAAACACUACAACUGUUUUUCUGCAAUCUGCGAUAUAUCCUAGACAAUCGUAUUGCGUUUUGCUGAAAACUGAAUUUGAACUUGUGUUUGUCUACGUGUGUACAGUGUCUGAGUGGUGUUCGCACAAUGGUUUUUAAUAUGGCAUUUAUCGAGUUUUGUGAUGAAACUCUUCAUAUUUUCUCUAGAUGCAGAACUUUAUUUCUAGUUUUGUCCAAGAAUGUUAGACCUAGCUACCGGUAUAGGACAAAUUUCAACAAAUUCAAGGAACAUAUUUUCUCAAAGUAAAAUGUUAUUCCUUAUUUUAAA